AUGAGCGGGAAAAAAUCAAAGCCUUUCGGUUUUGGAUUUUCAACACAGGGAUCUGGAGUUAAACCCAGAACUUUACUUGAAUCGGAAGACCAGCUUCCUUCAAAGCCACUAGCUUUAGACUACUUCUCUGAUGAGGAUUCUAAACCAAAGAAAAGAAAAUUAAUUACUCUGGACAAUGAUUUUGAAAAUGAGACAACCAAUCAAAAUAGUUCUAAAAGUUUACAGGACGUUAACGAUUUCGUUGGAGAUUUGGAAGACGAUAGACCUCUUCCGCGGACUUCAACUGGUUCGGGAAUUCGAGGUUUUGUUCCUCAGGGAUAUAAGACAGCUACGGAAUCUUCUGACACAUUUAAGGAGCAAGAAGAAACUUCUAAAGAGCAAGCUGAUGACGACCCCCUUGAUGCUUUUAUGCUGGAUAUCGAUAACCAAGUUCAGAAACAGAGCCAAGACAAGUCUCAGCAAGAAAAGAUUCGUAGGGACGACAUUGAAGAAGAAGAUUUUGUCGAGAGCUAUGUCAAUCAUAUGAAAAAGAAAGGUAUAGAUGUCGGUAAAAGUCAAAGGCCAAUUGAAAAAGAUGAGGCAUGUACUUUCAUAAACAAUAUCAAUUCCGAUGAAGAAGUCUAUGCUACAGCAAGAGCGAUUGAUGCACAGCUCGAAUAUGAUUCUGAUGACAAUCCUAUUAUCGAACAAAAGCGCAAAGAUAUCGAACCACUUCCACCAAUCAUUCCCAAAUUGAAUAUCCCGAAAUUGAAAAAUUUUUCUAUGAAGAGCAUCCAGAUAUUGCCAAUUUGUCCGAUGAACGUUCAAGAUUUUGCAACUGUUUUAACGAGUUGCUUAAAUUCGGCAUUCGGGUUAUUAAGUCAAGACCUUUAUCCACAUUUUUUCGCCACGGACGGAAAUGAAGGGACAGAAAGAACAGUGGAGAGGAAUGUAAUGCUAAUAAAAUUGUUACCGGAUAUUGCGAGAGCAACCAAUAUAAUAGUUCACGAUACGCCUAAUAGGUUUCUUGAGAUGAUAGUUGGUUUCGUCUUUGACGUCACGAAAGUAACUUCAGGAAAAGCUUCGUCUAAUGACCAAGCAACCGAGGAAAAGCCGAGGAGCGCGAUUAAUGAAUACUGGAAUAAUCGAAGGAGAGCCUAUCAAGAAGUAGUAGAUAAUCUGUAUGUGAAAUAUAUGGCAAGUCUGGUGGACGUCCAACAACAGCAACAAGAAUAUUGGCAAUGGCAACAACCUCAGUAUAUUUACCCACAGCAACGAUACUACAACUCGAUGAAUGUCAAAGGAAAUAAUUAUGUCGACGAGGGAAGCAUAAACGGUGAUGAAGCUGUCUUGGCUUCUUCAAAUGUCAAUUAUAUUUCCGAAUAG